GAACCAUAUUUAGAGAGACAUUUGCCUUACAUAAGCCUUUUUUUUUUUUUUAACAGGCCAGAUUUUUUCUUCUCGGACAUCAAACUGUUUCAAUGGAGUGAUGAUUUUUCACUUAGGAGCGGCUGUUACAGUAUGAGUAGAUAGCCUACUGUAAAAUCUAUAUUUUUCAGAUUAGUUUUUGAUCCUUCCUUGACGUUGCUGUGGGUUAUUCAUCCAUACCGCAUGGUGCUGUGAUCUAUCCUGACUUACUAAAACUGUAGAUAUAGUGGACAGACGACACACGGGCAAACCGAGCGCUCUGUGAUGGAUAAUGCUCAUACUAAGACGGUGGAGGAGGUUUUGGGCUUCUUCAGUGUAAAUGAGUCCACAGGUUUGAGCUGUGAGCAGCUGAAGAAGAACAGGGAGAGAUGGGGACCCAACGAAUUACCAGCUGAAGAAGGGAAGUCCCUUUGGGAGCUGGUCCUCGAACAGUUUGAGGAUCUGCUGGUUCGCAUCUUGCUGCUGGCUGCCUGCAUCUCAUUUACCCUGGCUUGGUUCGAAGAAGGGGAGGGAACGAUCACAGCCUUUGUUGAACCCUUUGUCAUCCUCCUCAUCCUCAUUGCCAAUGCUAUUGUAGGAGUAUGGCAGGAGCGGAAUGCAGAAAAUGCCAUCGAGGCUCUUAAGGAGUACGAGCCAGAGAUGGGGAAGGUGUACCGACAGGACAAGAAGAGUGUCCAGAGAGUCAGAGCCCGAGACAUCGUUCCUGGAGACAUAGUGGAAGUUGCAGUUGGUGAUAAGGUCCCAGCUGACAUCAGGCUGACGUCCAUCCGUUCCACCACCCUGAGGGUGGACCAGUCCAUUCUGACGGGGGAGUCUGUGUCAGUCCUCAAACACACAGACCCUGUACCCGAUCCCAGAGCUGUCAACCAGGACAAGAAGAACAUGCUCUUCUCUGGUACCAACAUUGCAGCGGGGCGAGCCAUCGGGGUUGUUGUGGCGACAGGUGUGCAGACGGAGAUUGGGAAAAUCCGAGAUGAGAUGGCCUCCACGGACCCUGAAAGGACCCCGCUACAACAGAAACUAGACCAGUUUGGAGAGCAGCUGUCUAAGGUCAUCAGUGUGAUCUGUGUGGCAGUGUGGGCCAUUAAUGUGGGACAUUUUAAUGACCCAGUGCAUGGAGGCAGCUGGCUGAGAGGAGCCGUUUACUAUUUCAAGAUUGCGGUGGCACUGGCUGUGGCGGCCAUACCAGAAGGCCUCCCAGCAGUCAUCACUACCUGCCUGGCACUGGGCACCAGGAGGAUGGCCAGGAAGAACGCCAUCGUCCGCAGCCUGCCGUCAGUGGAGACGCUGGGUUGUACCUCUGUUAUCUGCUCAGACAAAACAGGAACACUGACCACCAACCAGAUGUCAGUCUGCAGGAUGUUUGUAGUGGACAGUGUGUCAGGGGAGCACUGCAGCCUGAGCGAGUUCACAGUGACUGGAUCUACUUACGCCCCUGAAGGGGAAGUUUACAAAGAUGGCUCUGUGGUGAAGUGCAGUCAGUAUGAAGGCCUGGUGGAGAUGGCUUCCAUCUGUGCACUGUGCAAUGACUCAUCACUGGACUACAAUGAGGCAAAGGGAGUGUAUGAGAAGGUUGGGGAGGCAACAGAGACCGCCCUCUGCUGUCUGGUGGAGAAAAUGAACGUGUUUGACACUGACCUGAGAGGACUGAGCCCCGCUGAGAGAGCUACAGCGUGCUGCUCCGUGAUUAAGCAGCUGAUGAGGAAGGAGCUGACGCUGGAGUUCUCCAGAGACAGGAAGUCCAUGUCUGUCUUCUGUUCGUCCAAUAAACUCACCAGGUCUGCCUCAGGAGCCAAGAUGUUCGUCAAGGGAGCUCCAGAGAGCGUGCUGGAGCGCUGUAAUUAUAUCCGGGUCAGCGGUUCUGCUCGUGUGCCUUUAAGCCCAGCGGUUCGAGAGCAGCUCCUGUCCACCGUGCGGGAGUGGGGGUCGGGCCGAGACACGCUGCGCUGCCUCGCCAUGGCGACCAGGGACACACCCCCAGACAUCCACUGUCUCAACCUGGAGAACUCAGCUGCCUUUGCUGACUAUGAGUCGGACCUGACAUUUGUGGGCUGUGUGGGAAUGUUGGACCCACCCAGGAAAGAGGUGCUUGGCGCAGUUCGAAUGUGUCGGCAGGCCGGCAUACGAGUCAUCAUGAUCACAGGUGACAACAAAGGGACAGCCCUGUCUAUCUGUCGGAGGGUGGGGAUCAUCACGGAGCAGGAAGAGGAGCAGGAGGGCGCGGGGGUCAUCGGAGGCCUGACGGGACGGGAGUUUGACGAGCUGCCUCCGCACCUGCAGCGCCAGGCCUGUCGGACGGCCCGGUGCUUCGCCCGGGUGGAGCCGGCACACAAGAGUCGUAUAGUGGAGUAUCUGCAGAGCCUGAGUGACAUAACUGCCAUGACAGGUGACGGGGUGAACGACGCGCCGGCGCUGAAGAAGGCGGAGAUUGGCAUCGCUAUGGGCAGCGGCACAGCGGUCGCCAAGUCCGCCUCUGAGAUGAUCCUGGCUGACGACAACUUCUCCACUAUUGUGGCUGCUGUGGAGGAGGGCAGAGCCAUUUACAACAACAUGAAGCAGUUCAUCAGAUACCUGAUAUCAUCCAACAUAGGAGAGGUGGUCUGUAUUUUCCUGACGGCCGCGCUCGGCAUGCCUGAAGCUUUGAUCCCAGUCCAGCUGUUGUGGGUCAACCUGGUCACUGACGGUUUCCCAGCGACAGCUCUGGGCUUCAACCCUCCUGACCUGGACAUCAUGUCCCGCCCUCCUCGCUCCCCCAAAGAGCCUCUCAUCUCCAGCUGGUUGUUCUGUCGCUACCUCAUCAUUGGAUGUUACGUGGGAGCAGCCACAGUAGGAGCUGCUGCCUGGUGGUUUAUGGCAGCACAUGAUGGACCUAAGCUUUCCUUCUAUCAGCUGUCCCACUACCUGCAGUGCAGCGAAGGCCACGCUGAGUUUGCUGGUGUGCAGUGUUCAGUCUUUGAGUCUCCUUAUCCCAUGACCAUGGCUCUGUCUGUCCUGGUUACCAUAGAGAUGUGCAACGCCUUGAACAGUCUCUCAGAGAACCAGUCCCUGCUGAAGAUGCCCCCCUGGUCAAACCCCUGGCUGGUGGGAGCCAUCUGUCUGUCCAUGGCCUUACACUUCCUCAUUCUAUAUGUAGACCCACUGCCGGUGAUAUUUCAGAUACGCCCUCUGUCCUGGCCUCAGUGGGUGGUGGUGUUGAAGAUGUCACUUCCUGUUAUCUUGAUGGACGAGGCCCUCAAGUUCCUUGCCCGCAACUACAUCGAGCCCGGAAACCAGAUCCAGACACUGGAAGAGGAAGAGGAGCUGCAGAGGACAAGGGCUAAUGCAGGACUGGUCAGUGCCGUGAUGACAAGGCUAAGCCAGUCGGUGCAGGGCGUGUCCUGGUCGUUCGUCCUCAUCUCCACGCCGCUAGUGAUCUGGAUCUUCAGCCUGGACUCUGACAUCACUAACAUCUUCUGGGAGUGAUGGGGGAAAGAGAGGACAGGUGGACUGUUGGGGGGGGGGGGGGGGGGGAAACAGCGAAAGACAGGAGACUGAAAGAGGACAGAGAAGGUGGGAGAGGAAAAAGAUGAGAAAUACUUGAGAUACAGGAACGUAAGGGACAGAGAGGGAAAUCUUUAGCCAGCUGACAAUCAGAAAAACAAGACGACAGAAAGUGCAAAGCAGUUUUAGACCAUCACUUCCUCUGUAAUGAAAAGGUGCUAUGUGUAGCUGAUUGUCUCUCUCAUAGUUGUGAUCACAUGUGAAUUUCAUAGCUUGCUUAGACUGUGCUUAUACCUGCUCCCUGUUUUCUUGCCUCAGGCUUGUAAAUGUUGGUCAGUCUUUGAUCCAGAGGGAAAUAUCUCUGAGACAUAGUACCUCUACGACUGAAAACCAUGGUACCAACAGUCUCGGUUGUUCUUUUAUGUUAGCGUAGCAUGCUAACCUACUCAUUUUUACAUUUUAAGAUACUAAAGAUCUGUGAUAAAUAUUCAGAAGUUAGCACGUGAGUGUUAGCAACUUGUUUGUUGUUUAAAAAGACAACAGCUGACAUCUGUCUUUCUGCCUUAAAGCAGCAGAGCGCUGCAGGGAUGACGUAUUUCUGUAGGCUAGACUGGAAGUUAGCAUCGCCCCCCCCCCCCCCCCCCCCCCCCCCCCCGGUUCUCUCCACAAAAAACCAGUAGGAUUUUUGCACUGGUCUCUGGAUUAUUGCAGAAAAUAAGCUCUGUGACAAACAAAAUAUUCAGCAAGAUAAUCUUACUCUUGAACACCACUUUUAUGGAUUUUGAGGCCUAAAUAGAAUUGUGAUAAGUAAAAAGCUAAUGUUAGGCUAUAAACAAAUUGCACGAAAGCUGCAUGUCUUCACCUUCACCAGGCUUCCAACUUGUAAUUUAUGUGGUCGAAUUUAUGUGUAAAAUAUAAUGAGGAUUAUCAUUAGUUCCCAACUAUUUUGGCUUUCUUUGUUGCAUUUAUCUUCCAAAGGCUUUGAUUUGAUAGGCUGGCUGUUAGAGACCUGGAUGGGGUUGCACCACCGAUUUGUAAAUCCUUCCUGAGUUCUUAGUAACAGGUAGCUAACUUCAAAACGAGUCAUUUCCUAAAUCAGGUUGCACUGAGAAAUGUCUUAGCCAGUAAAGACUUAAGUAAUGUGUGAAUCAGAAUUAAAGUCAGAAAAAUAAUUUGUGUAGCAGAGAAAUGGGAUUGUUUGUUUUUCGCUCACUUCUGUUUUUAUUUUCAUUUUUCCUUUUAUUUGUCUUGAGUUCAGUUUUCACCUGACAGCGUGCUGAAGAGUUACUGGCGGUAAAAUGCUACACAUAGCACCUUUUAGAUGAAAAUGUGUGGGUUGAAAAAUGAGUGGAUUAGAUAGAUGAAAGAGAGAAGUGUUGAGUGGUCCACAAUCCCACAAACACACACACACACACACACACCAGCCUUACAUCCACACUGUAAUUCACCAGUAAUAACAGCGUAACCAGUAGUAACAGGUGAUGAGGCCAGAUAACUCGUCGUACAGUAGACCCCACAGCUGGCUGCUCCAACACUCUCUAUGCUGCAGCACAAAAAUAUUCAGUCACACUAUUGUUGGAACUUCCUUGUAGAUGAUGUACAGGAGAGUUAAAACAAGUGUGGGGGUCCUCUGAAGGAGGACUCAGCAGACCAUUUCAAAAUGCAUGUCUACACACAUCACACACUGAUCACAUGUUCCAGAGCAGGGGAUCAACCCCAAGCCUGUGCUUUUCUCUGAUUCUGCAAAAAAACACAUGAAACCUAAAAUCUAAAAAGGGAUUGACGUCUAAAGCUGUGGGGGAGGUCUGCGGUACAGUUCAUCGUCACAUCUAAAACCUUUAUUCUGACAGGUCUUGAACCGUAGUUCACGUCCCUCAUUGUCUCUCUGUUGAUUGUUGCUGACACUGAAAAGCUCUUAAAGUCUUAAAUGUGACGUGACUUGACCAAACCUUUGCUGGUUCUUCUGACACCCUGAGGCUUCACAGACUGACUGAAGCGGGACCUAAGCCUUCACAUCAGGACCAAUGAGUGGAGUCGGUUUGAUUAGUUAAGACAUGUUGAUGAUAUUAUUUAUACUCACGGUUAGACACAGUAGAGGUUGUUGUGUUCUUUGCAGGUACGGUCCGCAUCUAAAGGAUGUACAUCGUAAGCUAAAUGGAUUAAUAGGGUUCUUUAUUUUAGGGCUUUAAAUAUACUCUAUGUGUUUAUUACUCACACUACUCAAGUCCCUCUCAGCACUGCUAUACUCAUCUUUCUAGUUGCUUUCUUUUGUUUCUUUGCUUUCUUUCUUUCUGUUUGUCUGUUUACCACAGGAACUUCCUCUGUUAGUCGAUGCAAAGUCGUAGGCCUGACAGUGAGUGAAUGUUUCCUUUAGAUGUGUUGUGUGUGUGUGAGACUCAUUGACCUGUUGGCUGCCAUUUUCUCCACUGAUGCCAUUGAAGGGAUUUUGAUUUUUUUUUGUUGGUGAAAAAAGCGUUUUUGGUUCAUUAGGGGCCACAGAUAA